AUGUCAUUGAAAUUCGAUUCCAAAUAUUAUAUCCCCUCAUUUCAAUUGCAAAUCAUUAGUUUGGCUUCUUGUAAGUUAGCUACCGAAUUUCCUAAUUGGCUAAAAACUCAAACAAAUCUCAAAAAACUAGACAUUUCUAAUUCUGGUAUUUAUGGUCCUGUCCCUAAAUGGUUCACAAAUAUAACUCCCAACUUGAACUACUUAAACAUGUCUCUUAACCUUCUUAACAACACAUUGUCCAAUUUUCCACUAGCAUACCCACAUAUGUUUGAUGAUGUAAUAGUUGACUUAAGUUCCAAUCAAUUCCAAGAUUCUGUCCCACCUUCUCUUCUCGUUCACGCAACAUGCUUGUAUCUCUCCAACAACAAGUUCAACAGAUUCAGUUCUUUCCUAUGUGAAGCAAAAGAGCGAGUCAAGUCAACAAAAUUACUUGACCUCUCAAAUAAUAAUUUAUUUGAGAACAUUCCUGAUUGUUGGGAGAAUUUCUCACAAUUAUUUGUACUUAAUUUAGGAUACAAUAAGUUGUUCGGAAAUAUCCCCAACUCUAUUAAUAUAAAAAGUUUGAAAACUUUACAAUUGAGGCACAACAACUUCUCAGGAAAUUUUCCUUCCUCCUUGAAAGAUUGCACUUCACUUCUAGUUCUAGAUUUGGAGAACAAUAGUUUGGAAGGUCCAAUACCAUCAUGGAUUGGAGAAAAACUAAGCAACUUGGUUUUUCUUAGUUUGAAGUCAAAUAAAUUUGAUGGAGUUAUACCAUUGAGUCUUUGUCAGCUUACUCAAAUACAAAUAUUAGAUUUAUCUUCUAAUGAUUUGUCAAUAGCCAUUCCUUCUUGCAUUAAAAAUUUUACUUCAAUGAUUCGAGUAAAUAAUUCAACGAAGACCAUUCCGUCAGAUGUGAGAUUUUCUAAUGGUCCAAUACCAGACCUGAGCAGAUGUAGUCAUUGCAGUUACAGUGAGUAUACAUUUUCUUAUGAGAAUUAUGCAUCCAUCAUAUGGAAAGGGGUACAAUACGAGUAUGGGAAGAUUUUGGGAUUACUAAGAGUUAUUGACCUAUCAUGUAACAAAUUGAAUGGAGAGAUUCCUAUGAAAGUGACUCAUCUCUCUUUGUUGGGUGCUUUAAAUCUAUCAAUGAAUAAUUUGUCUGAAAAAAUUCCGAUACAGAUUGGGAAACUGACCAACCUACAAGUGCUUGAUUUUUCCUACAAUAAAAUAAAUGGUGAAAUUCACACAAGCUUAGCUGAAGUAUCUUUUUUAAGUUACUUGGAUCUAUCAAAUAAUCGAUUGACAGGAAGAAUCCCUACUGGUCCUCAAUUACAACUCUUCAAUGCUUACGCAUAUUCCAUGAACCUUGGUCUUUGUGGAAAUCCUCUACCAAGUUCAUGCCCCGGAGAUGAUGAUAAUGAGUCUUCGCAUGUUCCCGCUUCAAAUUUAGCUCGUGAUGACGAUGGUGGAGAAUGGUUUGUGUAA